AUGUUGAAUGAACUUGCAACUCCGACUUUUGUCCCGGAGAUUCAACUUUUUGACCGUGAAUUCCCAAUUGAAGUGGUCAAUUUUGAAAAAGCGAUUUCAAAUGUUAAGGGUACAAGAAAGCGUUCAAGUUGGACAAAGGUUAAAGACGAGGUCUUAGCGAAAAGUUUUGUCACUAUCAACGAUGAUCCAAUAAUUGGCAAUGAUCAUAAGGCGGAUGCUUUAAGGGGACGUGUUGCAAGCUACUACAAUGAAAAUCGUCCCCAGAUUCAAAAACCAGAAGUGCAAAUAUUAUACGGUCACAUUGGUACAAUACAAUUCAAAAGAAGUGACAAAGAUAUAGUGAGGUUUGAGUACGAAAAAUAUCGAUCCGAAAAUAAUGGUGUUGCAUUCAAUCUCGAGCAUGUGCGGAGAAUUGUCAAAGACCAUCUAAUGUUUACUCCAUAUUCCGCUGAUCACUUUGUGGCCACAAAGAAGACAAGAACCUCAGAGUCGGGAGAAAAUAACACCUCUUCCAACCAAGAUGUGAGUAUAGACCUGGAUGAUGAAGAUACUCGUCCAAUGGGACAGAAGACAGUAAAAAGAAAGGGAAAAGACAAAGUAAAAUCGACCAUGGAGGAUCUGAAACUAUAA